AUGAGAAUUCUGAGACUCCUGCCACGAAGAAGAUUAAACUGGCAGAAGAAAUUAUUGAUGAUAACAAUAGCCUUCAAUCCUUUGNACGAGCUAAAAAUUAUUUUAAUACAUUUAAAACGGAUUAAGCUCAAAGCAGUACGUGCUCUGACCUAGCCAAGUAAUUUAAAUGCAGUCGAAGUAUCCGAUUGCCUUUCGCCAGAGACUUGUUUAUACCAGCGCAGCAUUUCUCGUAGAAAUUACAUUAAUAGCACUGCUAAAUGGAAUCACCGACAAACAAAAAGCCUACUUUAAGGCAAAGAUCACCCAAGAAUUCAAGCAAAAUAGCGUAACGCUUGUUGGUUCUAAAACCUGUGCUUCUAGUUGACACAACAUUAAUUCAUUCCCUGUUUGCAUACGAAGACAAAUGGUCGAACGGAUUCGUCCAAAUAACUGAAUAAACCUCAAUAGAUACUCCUCAAUGUCGCUUUAACAAUUCGAGGACAGUUUUUUUGCAGUGAUUAUAAGGCUCUUUGGCUUAUUCGCUUUUCGCUGAACGAAAUCCCAUCGUCAGGCUGCAAUAGCUCUUUGACACUCCUGUUGAUCGCAUCUUCUCUCUUAAUAGAGAGGGAGGGGAUUAUUUGAGAGAGGGGGCUUAAGAGAGGAUUUACAGUAUGCCUCGUUCCUUAAAAGCGUUCCUAUAAGGGGAAGUUCCAUUUUUAUUACGAUCAUGGUGGGGUUCAGAAUAAAAAAUUGAGCAUCCCAAGUGGCUGGUUAUUCUGAAGCCAAGGUGCUCUCUAGAUUUCUUACCUUGGCGAAAUUUCCACUCAGCCUCUGCCUCUCACAAAAAUGGGCAGCAAUGAAAAGAGGGCUUCAGGCUUCAGAUAUAGACCAAUGUUAGUUUUAGAAACCUGCAAAAAACAUACCCUUCCAUAGCACUUUCCCAGGGUUUGCAAAUGCGCCAAAUUUGGCGUAUUUUACACCAAAAUUGUUCAGAUGACUCCACUGAGGUUACGGAGGUAACAAACACAGUUUUGUCCUUGCCUUUUUCACAACAAAUACAAUUUACAUUAAUUGUAAACGUUGUAAACCUUAAUUAAAUCAUUGAAAAUAAAGAAUUAUACUGCACAACAAAACAGGAAGAGGGUAAAUUACGAUCAAAGUUUACUCGAUGACCACCAUCAUGGAUUUGAGCUUUCCAGGUCAGCGGACCGCCACAGCUACUUCGUGUUUUCCUCACGAUAGUGUAUACACACGCCAGGACCACGUGCUGGAAAGUCUGAAAAUGGCUUUUUUCGUCGUGAUACUUGACUCCAAAUAUUCCAAAAUGACUUCAAAAUUUGUGAAGCAGAAGUCACACUCACUCCACUCAUCAAUAAAAUUUGCAAACCCUGUUUCCUAUAUCGGAGUACAUACCCUUUCCCCUAGAAUGUAGGGCUGAUGUUAGACUGUAAAGGAUAGGAAGGGUUGAGUUACUGAGGGUAAAAUUACAGUAAAUGUGUAAAGUAAAUCCAGGGAAAAUAGAUUUUGGUUUAAGUUAACGCGAGGUUAGUGAGGGUUUGAGUUAUCAUGGGUCAACUGUAGUUGUGUUAUGUGGUGAGCUUGAACGGAGUAAUACUCUAGAGGUCCAGUUACAUGUAGAACUGGAACUCAUUUGGGCUUUUACCAAAAAAUGCUCUCAAAUUUGUUCUUCCAUUUGUGUUUUUUCGUAAUUUACUUUUCUCUUUAAGUAUGACUCCAGUUUCGAGUUUUCAAAGGCCCAGAUUUGAACAUACAGUUAACUGAACAAAUUAGAAUGGAUUUAGUGUUCCAAAAGUGAUCAAGAUCAACUUUCUCCUGUGAAAAACAAUAUCAAUACAGAGUUAAAAGAGCAGAUGAUGAGAAUAAAUAAAAUUACACCUAAAGGAAAGUGCUUUGAUCUUAAAACAAAUUCUCUCAACUAGUUCAUUAAGAAAGUAUAUGGAUAUCAUUUGAGAGAAUUUGUAUGUGGAUAUUGGGCAGGAGUCACUUAGGGCCUAAUUAAAGGGCUUAAUGGUAAGAAGUCAAGGUAAAGAAUGUAUUAUUAUCCUAUUUUCUUUACAGGAAAGUUUGACAAUUCCGAUCGUGAUGCUGUUGUUUUAUUGGAGAAAACUCCUUUUUCGGAGACCACCUUGCCUCAAAUGCUGUCAAGAGAAACCAGUUUAGCUAGGGAGUUCAACAANAAGAAUGUAUUAUUAUCCUAUUUUCUUUACAGGAAAGUUUGACAAUUCCGAUCGUGAUGCUGUUGUUUUAUUGGAGAAAACUCCUUUUUCGGAGACCACCUUGCCUCAAAUGCUGUCAAGAGAAACCAGUUUAGCUAGGGAGUUCAACAAUGACAUUUAUAGCCAGUACUUAUGUCAUCCGCCACCAAGUUUAAACACCUUGAAAAGCACAGUCAUCUACCCAGCCACUGCCAAACACUUGGAAAAAUAUUCUGCGCAAGAUGUGCAUUUUAUUUAUGAAACACCAUCUGAUUAUGAAACAAUCACUCUACCAUUUAUUGAAGAACAAUCUUUCAAUAUUCAGGUAUGUCUAGAAGCAACUAGCCUGUGGAUCAUGUGUGGAUUGUGAGUUCAGUAUUAAAUGUAUUAAGUUGUAAACAGUUAUUUAAAUGAACUUUAGUGGACUGGGUUUUUCCAUAUUCCAAAGAAAUGGUCAGAUUUUUGUGAAGACAAUCAAACAAACAAACAAACAAACAAAUGACCCUUUAAGGUGGUAAAAGUUAAUAAUUAAACUAUCAUUUUCCUGAAAAGCUAAGGCCAGACCUUCAUACAUGUUUAAGCUUCCUUUUUUAGUGCCCAUACUAUGGGAAAAUAAAACUCAAACCCAUUCUUCUUACUUAAAACUUCACAUAUUGGCCAUGUAGGCUGCGAGUGGUUGUCCUUUUUCCCCCAGAGCCUCAUGCGGCAAACGAAAAGUAAAUGUUCCUUAUAACUGCAAAUAUGAUCUAAGAAGAAAAAAAUUAAUGUUUUACCCUCCCGAGGCCUACAUGUACCUCAAACUUUCUAAUAAAAUUAGUCAGGUAUAGUGUGGCUAAACUAUGGAAUAGCCUGCCCAAUGAGAUCAGGGUGAAGCAAAGCUUAGCUGCCUUCAAGGAGGGGCUUAAAAAGUGAUAACGCAGAUGUAAAUAUAUUGUAAAUAGAAAUUAGAUAUUGCAAAUAGAAAUGUAAAGAUUGAAACAUUGUAAACAGAAAACUGUGGAUAAAAACCUGUAAAAAGUAAAAUGUAAAUAAUUUUGUGCAAAGUCAACCUGGUGAAUGUUUUUAGUCUCUUUUCCUUAUUAACUAUCUAUUCAGUUUGAGUUAUAUUAUACACGACCACAUCAGCUAUGCUGUGAAAUUAUCCUGUUUAUAUAAAAGAUGUUGUUGUUGUCAUUGUGCCCUCAAAUGACUUUGACUAAAAAGAAAAAUAAGAGACUGCUGACAGUCUACCAGCCGGGGGUCCUUUACGUGCAAAAUUAACUGCUCUUUUUCUAAGUCUCUUUUCUUUGUCUUUUUUACAGUGGGUAUACAACAUUCUGGAAAAAAAAGCUGAAGUGGAGCGUGUUGUGUUUGAGGACCCAGAUCCUGUUACGGGAUUUGUUUUGUUGCCAGAUUUGAAAUGGGAUCAAAAGCAGUUGGAAAACCUGUAUCUAGUGGCUAUUUGCCAUGUACAUGGGAUCAAAUCACUUAGAGAUCUCAACAAAUCACACCUUCCUUUAUUAAAGAAUAUCCUGUUGAAAGGACAGGUAAAAUUUUUUCUUUUUCUCUUCAGUACUGUAUUAUGGAAACGAUGUACAUCUUUCCAUUAGCAUGACAUGGUGGUGAGGUCACUCAUGCCCCCCCUCCAUCAAUCAAUGUGGUGCCAUUGUGGGUUGUCUCUUUUGCAAGCAAUACUAACUUAAGCACUGAAGCUCACAUACCAACUCCGCAAUAUGGCCAGUACCUUACACAUGCAGACAAGCAUAUCUUCCCAGUAGUGGCAGCCAUGGACAGCUGUUUUGUCCUCAUAGGACUCAUGAGGAUGGCAUAGCCCCAGGCGAGAGGUUUCACUUGCGAUCAUUCACCCUGCCGGUUACUACCGAGGCGAGUGCAAAUAUGCAGUGCUAAUGUUGAUAUUGUCUCUUUUGCUCCAGAAGGUUGUUUUCAACUAUCUCUAUUUUUAACAUAAGCUGAUAUCACCUGUUGAUAUUAAUGUGCCAGCCAGAAGCGCAUUGGUUCUUAAAACAAAAGAUUCUUUUGUUUCACUCAUGACAAAUUUAAAAUAUAACAAAAGCAACGUUUUUAUACAGUUACUGAUGUCCCCUAUAGGCGCCGCCCCUGAAAAGGUGCUCACCGUGAUUUCCAAAAUUCAUUAACCCUUUAAGCCCUGAUAUCCACAUACAAAUUCUCCAAACUGAUCUCUACCCAUUUCCUUCAAGAAUAAGUCGAGAGAAUUUGAUAAAAGAUCAAGGCAUUUUCCCCUAGGUGAUCAUUUUGUUAAUUCUCAUAACCUAAUCUCUUGACAUUGUAUUGAUAUCGUUAGGAGAAAAUUAACGUUAGUCACUGAUAGGACUUAAAGGGUUACCGUAUUUAUUCGACUAUAAGCCGAUCUCGGCUAUAAGCCGAGACCCCAGACUUUGAACGUGUAGACUCAGCAUAACAAGAACCAAAAAUAAAUCGAAAACACCCUGCUAUAAGCCGAGACCCAUUCAUUAUUACAAGACUGAAUUGUUAACUACGGGAAAACCUAACAUUUUCGGAAAAAAGUCACAUUGAUUGUCAUAAAUGACAUAACUCAGAUGAGUUAAUGUGAUCCAAAAAAUGAAUUUAAAACUAACUGUGUUGUUUAGCGGCAUCACCAGUACCUAGACAUCCGUAGCGUCUAUCAAACAAUCUCGUGUUCGCAAUUGUUUACUUCAAGUCAAGUUGUCAUCAUGCCCAAUACCAUGAUUAAAAUUCUACUAUAAUCUUACCUCCCAGUUCAUUCUAUUAGGAGAUGCGAGAAAUAAAGAUUCCAAUAAAUGUUCAUAAAAGUGGUUGAACGGUGUGGGUGAAAAACUGACCAUACUAAAGCUCAAGACAGGUUAGCCUGCGGCGGCAAUCAUAGAAAGAUGAGAGGCGCCUGUAUGGUAUCUUGUCAUCUCGCCAACAAGAAUAACUUGGUUUAGCAUUGUUUUAAACCUUCAUGAAGGGAAUUUUCUUAACCGUUACUUUAUUUUCAUAUUUUAAAGAAAUGACUAGUGUUUGUGAAAAGUUUCUGCCAGUUUUUUAAUCUCUCAAAAGUCAAAGCUUACAUUCACAGCACCUAUAUACAUGUAUUAUUAGUGUUUGCAUUAUCAAGAGCAUGAGACGUUCGACGUUCGUAUUUGGGUCGACUUCAAAUUCGAAUAAGCUUGACGAAAAAGUAAAAUCGUAGGUAAGUAAUCCUAGGUAUUCAACUGUGUCAAUUCUUUCAGAGUUAUUCGUUGGUGGCGAGUCGAGUUCUUGGUGGCGAUUUCGUCGGUGGUGAGUCGAGUUCUUGGUGGCGAUUUCGUCGGUGGCGAGUCGAGUUCUUGGUGGCGAUUUCGUUGGUGGCGAGUCGAGUUCUUGGUGGCGAUUUCGUUGGUGGCGAGUCGAGUUCUUGGUGGCGAUUUCGUUGUUGGCGAUAUGAUCGUAAACCUCGAGGUCAAGUCUGUGUACAGACGCCCCCUCCCCCCCCAAAAAAAAAAUGGGGCAGGGGGCGUCUAUGCACAGGCUUAUCGAGGUUUGGGCUAACAAAAUACAUCAUUUCCAUGAACAUGUCCUCUUAAUGACGAACAAGGUCGAGACCUUGUUUCAUUGGUUUUGCUCACAGUUUUGCUCUUUUCUAUCACCCCAUGCGAGUUCACUUUAUUUCUAAGUUUGUCUUAUUUUGAUCCAUUUUUUUGUCAUUGAUGUAUUUAUUUAUUUAUUUUCUUUCAGGAAGCAAUAAAGGAGAAGUACGGUGUUGCCUCAGAUCAUCUGCGGAUUUACGUGCAUUACCAGCCUUCAUAUUAUCACUUUCAUGUACAUUUUACACACCUGAGAUACGACGCACCUGGAUGCGGAACAGGGAGAGCCCAUCUUUUACAAGAUGUUAUUGACAACAUCGAGAACAUUGAUUCGGAUUAUUACUCUAAGAAAACACUGGCCUCUGUUUACAAAGCAAACGAUAAACUUUACAAAAGGUUUGAAUCUGUUAAAGGUGUUCAAGGUGAAGACGGUGGAAGAGAUGUUAAGAGCGAAAAUGUUGUAUAA